GUCUCGUUUCUCCGCAAGUACGUCACGGUGGACAUGCUAAAGUCGCAGCUGGAUGAGCUUGCAGGGUCAGAUCCUGUGAUCAGUUCCAGGAUCGAAGAUCAGUUCUCCCUGCUCUUUCCCACGGAAGCCUCUGCAGCACGACCAAUUCCUGCAGAUGCCUUUCAGGGGACAGCACGGCGAUGUCGAGUGCACAGGCCUGGCUUGACUCAAACCCUACUGAUCCCUCCAGCAAGGACACAAGGGAUACUCCAGAUUCGAUUGUCGUUGCUCCAAGCUUCCGAUCUGACCUGA